UAUACUACUUACAACCCAGCCCCUCGCCUCCUUUUCCUUGGUCCUGUUGUACUCUGAUUUUUGAGGUGGGUAGGUCUACCGAGGGGGGUUAGUCUGUAUCAAUGGCCAUGGCUAAGUUUGUUGCUGUUUUGAUCUUGGCCCUCAUUACCAUCUCCUUUCUUCAAACAAUGGCCAUGGCAUCUCAUGGGCAUGGUGGUCAUCACUAUAACAACGGAGGCAAGUAUGGACCAGGCAGUCUCAAGAGCUACCAAUGCCCGUCGCAAUGCUCGAGGAGGUGCGGAAGGACCCAAUACCACAAGCCCUGCAUGUUCUUCUGUCAGAAGUGCUGCGCAAAGUGUCUUUGCGUGCCCCCGGGUUAUUAUGGGAAUAAAGCAGUGUGCCCUUGCUACAACAACUGGAAGACCAAGGAAGGAGGUCCCAAGUGCCCUUGAACCAACCUUGGCUCAACUUCCCUCUUUUGUCCUGUUCCCGGCAUUACCGCUAACUAUUACUUCUUAUCUGUAUGUCUUUUCUUUUGAGAAGGUGAGUUGCUUUGUUUGGUCUAAAGACUUUGAAAAACUGCUGUAUCGGACAGUCACUCCUUGGGGGGUUUCACCUAAAUGAGAGCGGCUAAUCUAUAUAAUGAUAUUAUUAUUAUGUGAAAUCUUUGGUUUCACUUUCACUACUUUCAUUAAUAUAUAAUAUAUAUUUGCUCUA